AUGGCUCUGCUCAUCGCCUGGGUAUGCCUCGCUGUGAGGUCGGCGGCGGCGCUGGGGGACCAGGGCGGCGGGGGGGACCUCUACUUGGAAAACAUCACUCGGAUCCUCGACAAGCUGCUGGACGGCUACGACAACAGGCUGCGGCCGGGGUUCGGAGGCGCUGUGACUGAAGUCAAAACGGACAUCUACGUGACCAGCUUUGGGCCGGUGUCCGACGUGGAGAUGGAAUACACAAUGGACGUCUUCUUUCGGCAGACAUGGACUGAUGAGAGGUUGAAGUUUAGUGGGCCAACUGAAAUUUUGAGAUUGAACAAUUUAAUGGUCAGUAAAAUUUGGACACCAGACACAUUUUUUAGAAAUGGAAAAAAAUCAAUUGCUCAUAAUAUGACAACUCCUAACAAACUUUUCAGAAUUAUGCAGAAUGGAACUAUUCUUUACACAAUGAGACUAACCAUUAAUGCUGAUUGUCCUAUGCGGUUGGUGAACUUCCCUAUGGAUGGACAUGCUUGUCCAUUGAAGUUUGGAAGCUAUGCUUAUCCAAAAAGUGAAAUAAUUUAUACAUGGAAAAAAGGACCCCUGCAUUCAGUAGAAGUACCACAGGAGUCUUCCAGUCUCCUCCAAUAUGACCUCAUAGGACAAACUGUAUCUAGUGAAACAAUUAAAUCUAACACAGGUGAAUAUGUAAUCAUGACAGUUUAUUUCCACUUACAAAGGAAGAUGGGCUACUUCAUGAUACAGAUAUAUACUCCAUGCAUUAUGACAGUCCUUCUUUCUCAGGUGUCUUUCUGGAUUAAUAAGGAGUCUGUUCCAGCCAGAACAGUUUUUGGAAUCACUACAGUUCUAACAAUGACCACCUUAAGCAUCAGUGCACGCCAUUCUUUGCCCAAGGUGUCCUAUGCUACUGCCAUGGACUGGUUCAUAGCCGUGUGCUUUGCCUUUGUCUUCUCUGCACUUAUUGAGUUUGCAGCUGUCAACUACUUUACCAAUCUUCAGACUCAGAGAGCAAUGAGGAAGGCAGCCAGGGCAGCAGCACUGGCAGCAGCACUAUCAGCAGCAACUGUACCGGCAGAGGACGAGAUUGUCUCGCAUUCUGACUCCAACUGUAAUUUGAAGAAGCGAGUAAACUCCAUAACAUCUCAGGCAGAUCAGUCUCCUGAUGCCAGCAUAAUAUCAAAUAGUGCAUACCAGUAUCAACCAGCAUCUGUUCCUCCACCAGUCCCACCACCACCACCUGUUGGAGGCACAAGUAAAAUAGACCAGUAUUCUAGGAUCCUCUUUCCAGUGGCAUUUGCAGGAUUCAACCUGGUAUACUGGGUUGUUUAUCUUUCAAAAGACACUAUGGAAUUUUUUGAACCUACUGCAAUGAACUUUCGAAGUGACCUAGAGUCCGACUGAAGAACAGCUCAACAUUUCAAAGAAGUCAGUGGAGCUCAU